AUGAAAGCGAUGGCCGACCAAGAAGUGAAUGAAGGAGUGGGCGAUGGGGACCAGAUGGACGCCAACCCACCGGCCUCUGGAUCUAAUUCCAACGGUUCCAACGGCCCACCUCAGGCUCAGUCGCCAACACACGGUGUCCUCCAUAUACACGAGGACUCCAUUGACUACGAUAUGCGACACAAGAACUUCGGUAAAUGUAUUAUUUUGAACCACGAGUUCUUCAAACGCAGUGAUGUCUGUCCGCCGAUUCGCCAACACACGAACUUCGGUAAAUGUAUUAUUUUGAACCACGAGUUCUUCAAACGCAGUGAUGUCUGUCCGCCGAGGAAAGGCAGUUCAGCCGACGCUAACGCACUCUUCCAGUGCUUCACAUCCAUUGGAUUUGAUGUCCGCAUGAAGAACGACUUGGACUGUCAGCAGCUGUUCCAAUACGUGUCCGGAGUGUCCAAAGAGGACCACUCGGACAACGACUGCUUCGUGUGUUGUAUACUAACCCAUGGCGUGAAUGACAAUCUUUGGGCUUUCGAUCAAAUGUAUUCAUUUGAAAGUAUCAUCAGUUUCUUUACGGGCGAUAACUGCAAGUCUUUGGCCGCCAAACCAAAGAUCUUCAUAAUCCAGGCCUGUCGCGGCAGCACAUACGACGACGGCGUUGAGAUAAUGGUGCCGAACGACGUGUGCGACAGUGGGAACGGCUGUAAGUUAGUGAAGAUCCCGGUCUACGCGGACUUUCUCAUCGCUUACUCGACAUUCUCGGGGCUGUACUCGUGGCGCAACACAACUGACGGCAGUUGGUUUGUCAACCACUUCACCGAUAUUGUCAAUCAGUACCACAAACGCCUCGAUUUGUUGUCGAUGUUGACGAUAAUCAACCAGAAGGUGGCCUACAAUUGCUCGUCAAAGACCAAAGAGGAGGCCGACAACGGCAAGUUUGUCCAGCCUACACAGUGA